AUGUCCAAGCACAAAAAAAAACAACUUCCUCUUUCAAAUAGGUUUCGGGGAUCGCAGAGGAAUGCCAAUCUUUAUGAUAACCAUGGCCAGUUGGGCUAUAGCAGCAACAGUAGCAGUUCUGCGGACAACAACAACAACAACAACAGCAACAAUAAGUCUCGAGAAUGUCAUUUUGUGGGUGAAACAAUAGCGGCUUCUUCCAGCAAACAUAACAACACUUCUUCUAACUUUGGAGAAUUUGCAACCACCGGUACAGUGCCACCGAGAGGCCCAGUAGUCAACCAGAAGAGUGGAGAAUUUCUGGUACGACGAUUAAAUCUUAGUAAAGACCCUCAACCCCAGUCCUUACAGUCUCUACAGUCCCAGCCCCAGUCUCUACAAUCUCAGUCAUCUUUAUUUGCAGCUUCGUCAUCUUUACAGACACCUUCUGGUUCUCAUCGCAGUCGUCGUUUUAGUAAUCUAUCGAGGCGGCAAGGGUUUGAUGGGUUCCAGGGGGAAGAUUUAACGGAUGGGUCUCGUGGUGGGAUAAACAGAAAUACCAGUCACCGAGGAACUACACCUGAGACAGCUGGGUUUGGUCGGUUGAAAAGACCUGAAGAAGUAGGUGCAAUGACUUGGCAUGGUAGAAAAAGAGUGCGGGAUAGUGAAGAGAAAAGUGGAGGAUCAGAAAAACGGACUUUUAAAUCAACCAGUCAGGGCAAAUCUACUCAGCAAGUUUAUACGACAACCCCUCCUUCUUUGAUCCCAGUUCAGUCGCCAGCCCAAGUUGCAACAUCAGUGAGUUUGAAAACAUCGAUCCCAGUACCAAUACCAGAUCAACUUAUUGUGAUAGGAAGUAAUCCAGGGUUUGGGGUGAGACGAAGCACGCCGGACGUGCAUGUUAUUAACCUUGAUGAAGAGCCAAGCAUUCGGCCAAUCAACAACAAAACAGCACAUAUAAAUACCAAAGCCAAGAAUAUUUUAAUGAAGAGUAAAUCUGUGACUAAAGAAAUUGAUAAUGAGAAGGAAUUUGAGAGUUGUGUUAGUGAUAAAGGUGAAGAGAGUAACGAUUUCGAGUCUGUAUUGUUUGGGGCGGUUGAUAAGGCAGCCAGCCAAGCAAUGGAAGAAUCUGAUUCUAUACCAAUCAAGCAAGAGGAAGAGGAAGAAGAGGAUUCUGUAGAUCAGAAUGCUCUUGCAGUUGUUCAACAGCCAUUGUCUAUGUUGGUGCCUCCCACAACACAAGCCGUGCCUACGGUGCGCAUCAAGACUGAAGAAAAUGUGCCUGUGAAUAGGGAGAAGAUAAAGAAGAAGACUAAGAAGAAUAGUGAGGGGAAUAAGAAUACCACUGUGAUUAAGAAAGAAGAUGUUGAAUCCAGUUGGACUUUUAAAAUGGAGAAACACUCUGAAGUCAAGAUCAAGAAAGAGGACUCGGAAGAGCCGUUGCAUACUGGCAUACAUGUGGAACCAAUAGCUCAAACACAGUUGGAACCCCAAAUGACUGUUAGGGUUUGUGCUAUAUCUGUUACUCCAGCUUCUGUGUCCGAAUCUACGAAAUAUCAAGAGUCAGAUCAAGGACUAGAGGUCAAGCAGGAAUCUGAAGUUGAGCAUAAACAAGAACUGAUCCAGGAGCCAAAUCUACAUCUCAAACAGGAACAGAUGAGUCAUGUACAUGACCCAUUACAAAAUGAUUAUUUGGAGAACUUACAUGUUGUGUCACAAACAGCCCGCGAGUUGAUGGCCAUUGGCGAACUUCCGUGGGAACAUUGGAUGCAGACACCAGAAAAGCCUUUAAUUUCACAACCUGUGGACCGCACCAGGUUUUCAUCUGCAUCAACACCGUUUCUGUAUGAAGACGAUACUUCAGAGCACACUGCGGAUCCUGCAGAUCUUGAGGAGCCUGCGGAUCCUGUGGAUUCUGUGAAGUCUGUGGAUUCUGUGGAUUCUGUGGAUUCUGUGAAGUCUGUGGAUCCUGUGGAUCCUGUGGAUCCUGUGGAGCAUGAAGAGCCUGAAGAGCAAGAGUCUGUUUCUGCUACCACUUUGCAACAACAAGAGCCAGAUAAAUUACUCACCCAAACUACACUGUCUGGACCUGAUUUAAAAAGGGAACCGCCAUCGCCAGAGCCUGUUCAUAAAGACUCACGAAUCACUUCAGCAUUACAACUUCCGCCGUCACCACCACCUUUCCCUACACAUUACGGCUACAACCGGGUCCCGUUUCGAGGGCUACUAUCUCUUCGGGCUGCAGACACAUCACGGACAGCGCCAAUGCCAAGCGAUUUACGAGACUUUGAGGCUGCGCGGGCACGGGCUGCUGUAACAAUUGACCAAGAACGCACAAAUAGACCAUUACCACUGUCAACGCUGACUACGGGAGGAAUGGUAAGAUUCGGGGACUACGCGCUGGCGCCGUGGCACCCAAUGACGUACCCUCGUGGCCCAGAGAUGUGGUCUACAGCCGCCGCCGCAGAAGCAGCUGAUGCAGGUGCAGCAGGUACAGGUGCAGCAGGUACAGGUGCAGCAGCAGCAGCAGCAGCCCACGACAUCCAUGUGUGUCCGUAUUGCUUCAAGUACAUGCCAGAGGGUGCGCAGGCGCGCCGCCAUGCACUCAAGUGCGCGAAACCUCCGCCUGGAUGCGAGGUAUACCGACGUGGACAGGUUUCAGUGUACGAGGUGGACGGUGCGCAGGAGCCGGUAUAUUGUAUGGAUUUGUGUUUGCUUGCAAAACUUUUCCUUGGGUCCAAGUCGCGAUGCGUGGUUGGCCAGUUUUUGUUCUACGUGCUUGUUGUGAGAGAUGAUGAAGACAAUUCUGCUCCCAAGUUUGGUGCGUAUUUUUCCAAGGAAAAACAAAGACGGAGGGGACCGCAUUAUAACUUGUCUUGCAUUCUGACAUUCCCAUUGGCUCAGCAGUGUGGGUUGGGAUCAUUUUUGAUUGAGUUUUCGUACCUGCUGUCGCGGGUAGAGGGUGUUCCAGGAACGCCGGAGAAGCCGUUGUCUGCAAGCGGGCGCGCGGCGUACCGGCGGUAUUGGUCGGCGGCUGUGUGUUAUUCGCUGCAGGAGGCCAUGACGGCUGGUGAUACUGGGGUAUCUAUUACACGGUUGUCUCUGAGCACAGGGAUGGCAGCUGGGGAUGUUGUAUAUGCGCUUGAGCGGCUUGGGUUUUUAGUGUGGGCGGAUACUGAGGAGGGAGAGGAAGGAGAAGAAGAUGAUGAGAAGGAAGAGGAGGAGGACGAUGAUCAGGACAAUGAGGUUAGCAAUUGGAGCUUCGAGGACGAGAAGGUUGAGGAAGGUGUAGUGAGUGGAGAAGGGUUGGGUUCUAUGGAGGACAACAGGAGGGGAUAUGAAGACGAAGACCGUGAUCGUGACCGAGACCGAGACCGGGACACUGGAGAGUGUUUUGUGGGUGUUUCAGAGUCUGAGGAAGGAAUUGAUGGGCGAAGGAAGUUUCGAAGAGGGAGAGGUGGUUAUGGUAGUCGGGCGACUCGGUCAGGUUUAGGAUUGCGAAGACAUCAGCAUCAGCAUCUACAUCAGCAGAAUCAGCGGAAGCAGUUUCGGCAUGGAGUCCGGCAGCAGGAACUGCAGAGUCGACGGCAGUUUGCCUUGAGAGUUGUGAGGGAUAUUGUAGAGGCUACAAUUACAGAGUGGGAGCAGGUCCAUGGGCGCGGACAAAUGUCUGGGGUCCGGGCGUGUCGAGACGCAGGCCCAUUACGGGUAGAUCCUGGGCGGCUUGUGUGGGUGCCUUAUAAUGGUGGGGUAACGUUUGGAGAGGAUGUUGAGGAUGAGUAUGAAGAGGGGAAUAAUGAGAGUGAUGGAGAUUAUGAGGAAGACCCGGAGGAAGACCCGGAGGAAGUUGGGACUGAGGGAGAAGAAGAAGAAGAAGAAAACGAAGAAAAAGAAGAGGGUGAGGAUGUUGGUAAGGGAGGGGUCAGAGUCGGUGCUGGUGCUGGUGCUGGUACCGAUGACGGUCACGGUCACGGUCACGGUCACGGUCACGGUCACGAAGCUGAGGAUGAAGAAGGCAGGGAUGAAGGUGGCAAUGGCAGAUCGGGUGAUUUGGGAGAGGAGCAGGGUGGUGAUGAAGGUGCCGAGUCAGAUACCGUGAUGGAGGAUGUUGUUGUUGUAGGAGAAGAGCAAGAACAAGAACAAGAACAAGAAGAUGAACAAAAAGAUGAACAAAAAGAUGAACAAAAAGAUGAACAAAAAGAUGAACAAAAAGAUGAACAAAAAGAUGAACAAAAAGAUGAACAAGAAGAUGAACAAGAAGAUGAACAAGAAGAUGAACAAGAAGAUGAACAAGAAGAUGAACAAGAAGAUGAACAAGAAGAUGAACAAGAAGAUGAACAAGAAGAUGAACAAGAAGAUGAACAAGAAGAUGAACAAGAAGAUGAACAAGAAGAUGAACAAGAAGAUGAACAAGAAGAUGAACAAGAAGAUGAACAAGAAGAUGAACAAGAAGAUGAACAAGAAGAUGAACAAGAAGAUGAACAAGAACAAAAAGAAGAUGAAAUUGGUAUUGGUGUUGACAGAGGACCCGAUACCAGGGAAUGGACCGAGACGUGGGUACGUAAGCCCCGGCGGCGUCGGCCCACUCGGCCCUUUAUAAGUUGA